GUGAAGAAACUGGGCUAUGUGCUGCCAUUACAGGUCCAACACUGAUAGAUCUGACACGCAUUGUAAAUACAGACAUAGCGACCAUAGCUUUCAUUUAUACUGGGAGAUCAUGUGGAUAUAUUGGAGGAUCGUUUAUCGGUGGUAUCAUCUUUGAUAUGUUUUCUAAAAAGCAGUUGAUUUUAACAACUGGUCAGCUUAUCACCUCCAUAACUAUGAUUGGAGUUCCAUGGAGCAGAGAUAUUAAAACUCUAACCAUAUGGAUGAUCGUGAAUGGAUUCACGCUAGGAGCAUUAGACACAGGAGCAAAUGUUUGCUGCCUAAACCUGUGGGGUAAAGACAGUGGACCAUACUUUCAAGCACUCCAUUUCAUGUUUGGCUUUGGUGGAUUGAUAGCUCCUCUCGUAGCAGCUCCUUUCCUUGGUGAUUACUCUGAAUAUGAUGAAAUGAAGAGCAAUAUGACACUAACUGCCAAUGAUAGUGAUUACCCAAUUCCUACAGAAGCAAUGUUUUUAAAUGCAUCAAGUAUAACUUCCGCUGAAAUACCCCGAGUCACCUACGCAUACAUAUGCAUUGGAGCCAUAUCGUUUUUAGUUUCCCUUCUGUUUUUUGUGAUGUCAAUCAUAUCACCAAUCGAUGAAAGUGGUAGAAAACCUGAAGAAACAGAAUCUGGCAAUAGAAGUUUCGGAUUUACGGCCAUCAUCGUAACUCUAACCUCAAUUUUAGUCACAACUGCAAUGGGUACUGAAAUUGGAUAUGCUCAAAUGUUAACUACUUAUGCCGUUAAAGGACCACUGCAUCUAACACCGACUACCGGAAGUUACAUGACAUCAACCUAUUGGGCGGCAUUUACAGUUACAAGGUUUGCAGCAAUAUUUUUGAGCGUUAAAUUUAGCCAUUUAACUAUAUUAGUAUUCGAUGUCAUCGUAACGUUCCUUGGUGGACUUGUUCUGUUAAUUUUUGCUACUCACUACGAUUGGGCUCUUUGGGUUGCUUCCAUAUUUCUCGGAGUUGGAAUAGCAUCUUUCUUCCCAGCAUCAGUGAGUUGGAUUGAAAAAUAUAUCAAUAUCACCAACAAAAUCGCCUCAACAUUUCCUAUCGUAGCUUCUUUUGGAGAAAUGCUUAUUCCUUACGCAAUCAACUACUUUAUAGAAACGAAGCCAAAAGUUUUUAUUUAUGUAGUUAUUGGAAGCUGUGCAUUAGCAAUUAUUGUAACAUUUUUUAUGUAUUUAAUAUUAAGAAAUGCACCUGGUAAAUAUACUAUAAAGAGACGUGUUGUAUAUGUUUCUAAGGAAAGCCAUAUAUAGUGUAAUUAAGGCAACUAAUAAAUAAUAUGUAUUCAUUUUCAAAUAAUUGAAAAGUAGUAAAGAAGUUAAUUUAGUGCUCUUAAUUUAGUAUUAUUCAGUCUAAAAUAAAACUUUUUUAAAUAUAAA